CUCUGGUGGCCAACUGGCAAUCGUCGUCGAGUCUCCACCGGAUUUACUAAGCCCACUUGCCGCUCCCAGCCUACAGCUCCCAGCUUCUCCGAGUGCGAAAGUAAAAGCGUUUUUCACCGAACUCGUCCAUCCACAAUUGGCUCCGCUUGGCGGACGAUCCUCCACUCGAGUCAUAAGCAUUUCAUCUCUGGUCCGCACAGGACGUUCGUGUCGGUCAAGUCGAAGUGGAGAUCGAGAUCGAGAGCACUCGAAAGCACCUGGAGCACCGAAACAGGAGUCCAAAAGCUUACGCCUGCGGUGAUCGCGAGACUUCCGGUUGUGCGACUUCCUUUCGCCAGCUGCUCCAUUGCAUAAGCACCUGAGAUGCCAUCGCUGUUGCACCUUCUGCUCCUGGCGCUGUUUUUGGUGGCCAUGCCGACGCAGGGUCGCAAGAUUAAGCGGAAGGAGCCAAACUACCACCAUCACGUCAAUGUGCCGCCUCCACCACCGCCUCCAGCGCCCCAUGCACCGGGUCCAGUGCCCCAGCAAACGGCGGUGAUCGAGCACGAGGUGCCGCCGUACGCCUACGAGGCCAUUAACCACGACGAAUUCGAGCCGGCCAAGGUGAAGCUCCCCUACUUCGAAGGCUCCGCCGACUACGUAGUGCACUCUCACAGCGGAGGAGGUGGCUAUCUCGCCGACAAUGGACUGCGCAGCAUAGCGAAGGGCUCAGCGGAUCAGGCCCUGUCCGCAGUGGCCAGCCAAAAUGCGGCAGGCAAACAGGCAUCCUAUGUGGCCAAGAGUACUCUGGCUCAGGCGGCAGCUCAGGCAGCCGGCACAGCUGUGGCCGUGCUGAAGGGCAAGGAGGUGCUGCUCCAUCGACUGGAGGAUCAGAGUGUGGAGGCCCACAAGUCCAUGGAGAACGAGCUGACCCAGCUGCAGCAGGCCAAGCGAUCCGCCAAGGCAGCCCAAUAUGCCGCCCAGCAGGCCAUUAACCAUGUCAGUGUCCUGACUGCCGCACUCAACAAUGCGCAAUCCGCAUCGGAGUUGGCCCAAAAGGCGGCAUCCGAGGCGGCUGCCGAGCUGGCCUCCCAAAUUGAUAUGGUGGCCCAGGCCAAGACCAAGCUGGAGCACGCUGAAUCGCAGGCCUAUGCAGCUCGACUGGACUACGAGGAAACGCGAGAUGCGGCGGAGAAGGCUACCUUGUCCGCCCAAGAGGCGCACUUGAAUGCCAAUGAUGCCGCCUUGCAUGCCAACGUGGAGCUCGCUGAGAAUGUGCAUAUCCACGACAAGAGCGAUCGGCAUGUGCGGGAACCACCGCGAAACCACCGACAUCAGUAGUGCACUGCCACACGCUAGGCUUUAAGUUCUUAUUUAUUCGUUUUUCUUAAUUAAUAUUUGCUUGGCUGCAGAGGUACAAUAAAGUUUUGUUGACACUAA